AUGAAGCAGUUGGCUCGACGAUAUUGCUUUUGGCCAGGCAUCGAUUCGGAUAUUGAAAAAACUGUCAAAUCCUGCGACCUAUGUGCAACUCAUCAACGUUCGCCUGCCAAAGUUCCUGUUCAUAAAUGGGAAAUUCCAGAUGAAAAUUUCGAUCGUGUUCAUAUCGACUUCGCCGGACCAAAAGAUGGACUUCAUUUUCUAAUACUUGUCGAUUCAAAGUCGAAGUGGCCAGAAGUUCGAGUAUUCAAGAAAGACCCAACAUCCGAAAGUACCAUGGUAGCUUUAGAAGAUAUCUUUUCUACUCAUGGUUAUCCACGAUUUCUCGUGUCAGACAAUGCGACGUUAUUCAAAAGUGAAAAGUUUCAAGAUUAUUGCAGAGUUCGAGGAAUUUUCCAAAUAUUUACUGCGCCGGGAAAACCGAGUACAAAUGGUUUAGCGGAACGUUUUGUUCAAACGUUGAAAAGUAAACUUACAAAGAUGAAGAAUGAAAACCUGUCGAUUGAAGCGUUAAUUUCAAAAGUAUUGUUCAAACUUCGAAGCACACCAUUAGCAGAUGGUUUGAGCCCAGCUGAAAAAUAUUUAAAACGUCGCUUACGUAUUAGAUUGGAUGCGAUAAAGCCAAUUCAUCUUCAGGCGAGAACGUCAAACCCUGAACGCUCGGUUAGAAGUUUCAAGGUUGGAAAUCGUGUUGUUGUCGAAAAAUGUCGAGUUCUGGGAAAACCAGUAUGGACGUAUGGCACAAUUCUUCGUCGACUGGGAAGAUUACAUUAUAUCGUUCAACUCGACGAUAGUAACCAAGUGAAGAAACAUAUCGAUCAAAUUCGUUCAACGACUUUUGUGAUUAAAGAACGAGUCGAAGAAAACAAAGAGAAGAAGCGUCGAGUUACAUUCGAAGAGGAAUUGGCUCGUCAACCGACUAAUCCAGGGAAUAAUCAGAAUAUUGAGGAAAUGGUAAAUGUUCCUAACCAACAACCUGAAAUUGUAAAUGUUCCUAAUCAACCUCCUCCGCAGCUCAGACCUCAACGAGAGAGGAGGCUGCCAACUCAUUUGCAAGAUUACGUUCUACGUUAA